GUAAUACAGCUACGCUCCCCCCCCAAAUGGUACUUCGCUUUGCUUUACACAUCUACGACGAUGACACCAAUGGGCAUCACCACGACGAUGGCGGAUGACACGGAGGAUGUUGAGCUGGACUUUGCUGCUGACGAGCAGGAGAGGGCGCGGAGAAGCGCAGUCAUAAGACACCCCCUCGCCUCCUUUUUCCACCUGUUCUUCCGGGUGGUUGCCAUUGUCGCCUAUUUGCUCUGUGACUGGAUCAGCGAGAACUUUGCAUCAUGUUUUGUCGUGAUCAUCACUCUGCUCUCUUUUGACUUCUGGUCUGUCAAGAAUGUGACUGGCCGGCUGCUGGUCGGCCUGCGUUGGUGGAAUCAGAUCGACGAGGAUGGAAAGAGCCUCUGGGUGUUCGAGGCCAAAAAAGCCUCCCUGGGCAAUAACAUUGGGACAGAGGCAGAGGCGAGAAUAUUUUGGCUGGGUCUCAUCAUCUGUCCACUCAUAUGGACAUUCUUCUUCUUCACCUCCCUCUUCUCCCUGAAGAUUAAAUGGCUGUCACUUGUGGUUGCUAGUAUUUCCCUCCAAGUGGCUAAUCUCUAUGGUUACCUACGCUGCAAGGCGGUGGGAGAGGACGGCCAGCCUGCAGACAUCCGCUCUUUCUCGGGACAGCACCUCCUGCAGCGCCCAGACAUCAUCUUUGGAAUACUAUGAAGAUUGCCUCCUGCUUUACAGCCGCUCUCCUGUGUUUGUGUGUGUGUGUGAGAGAGAGAGAGAGAGGGAGAGAGAGCUGCCUCAUCUCCAAGGU